AUGAGUGCGCAGUCUCUGUCGUGGACCCUGUUUGUGAAGCUGAUUGCCCUGUACAAUGGGGACCUCUCGCUGCUUACCGCCCCGCCGUUCAUCUUGCUGCCGGUGUCGCAGGUCGAGUACUCCCAGUACUGGGCGGAACACCCGCAGUUGUUGGUGGCGCCGACGAAGUUGACCACCGACGACGGGGCGCCCCGAGCGGAAGUUGACGCCAUGGCGCUCAAACGGAUGAUCGCCGUCACCAAGUGGUUCAUCUCGACGUUGCGCUCGCAGUACUGCCUGAGAAACGAGCUGAUGGGGUCGGAAAAGAAGCCCCUCAACCCGUUUUUGGGCGAGGUGUUCGUCGGCCACUGGCAGGACGACGUCGGCGAAACGACGUUGCUUUCGGAGCAGGUGAGCCACCACCCGCCGAUGACGGCGUACGCCAUCAACAACGACGCCACCGACACCCAUUUGCAGGGGUACAACCAGAUCAAGGCGACGUUCUCGGCCACCAGCAUCAACGUCAAGCAGUUUGGCCACGCGCUCUUGCGCUACGGCUCCCUCAACGAGGACUACCUCAUCACGUUGCCCCCCUUGCACAUCGAAGGGCUCUUGGUGGCGCUGCCGUUCGUCGAGCUUGAAGGCAAGCUGUACAUCCAGUGCCUGAACGGGAUGAUUGCCGUGAUUGAGUACUCCGGCCGUGGUUACGUCACUGGCAAAAAGAACACGUUCAAGGCGCGGAUCUACCCCGACGUAUUAAGCUCCAAUAAAAAGGAAAAGGCGUUGGUCACCAUCGGUGGCCAGUGGCUGGGCAAGCUGUACAUUGCCAAGGGCCACUCGCUGCCCCUGCUGAAGGACGAGUUGUUCUACGACGCCAACGAGAUCUCCCCCGAAAAAUUGGCGGUGAAGCCGAUUGAGAAACAGCACCCGUUAGAGCUGCGCAAAGCGUGGCAAAAAGUUGCCGAAGCCGUCAAAAAGGGCGACUUUGACUUGAUCCACGAGGAGAAGCUGAAGAUCGAAAACGAGCAGAGAGAGCUCCGCAAAGAGGAAGCGGCGCUGGGCAAACCCUGGCAACAGCGGUGGUUCAGCUUGGUCGACUACGACGCCGCCGACGCCCCCGAGGACCGGUUCUUGACGUUGUGCAACUUCGCCAACUUGCUGGCUAAGAACUGUCCCCUGGGGCUGCUCAAGGGGCUGAAACACGACUCCGGCGAAGCCAAGCACUGGCGGUUCGUGCCCCUGAAGUGGAAGGAGGAGAAGGAAAUCACCCUUGUUUGA